AUGGCGAGUGACACCCAAUCAAUGAAUGCGAGUAAGCGCAACUCAGCGACCUCCAGCCUACGACACAGCCAGGCAACACGACCAGCCUCACCUCAUACCCCGCAGCAACCAAUACGGUCGGGAAGCACCUCAUUCGCCAGCAACACAUCCCCCAGUUCCUCAUUCCGAAGCGAGGACGAUGCGAUCAUAUUUGAGAUAGGCGCACGAUGGCUGCGCGCGGGAUUUGAAGGAAACAGCACGCCUGCGUGUGUGGUUGGAUUCGGACCUGAGGAUUCGAGGAGAGCGGGGGACUAUCGAGGAUGGAUACAAGGUAGCGCCGGGGCUGCACGACUACCACAACCUGUUGAUGCGGAAGAUUGGGCGCGAGCAUAUGAGCUGUGGCGCCUGGAUUCAAGAGAGGCUGACCUAGGCUUGGUCGAAGACAAGAUCGAGCGCGCGUUUCGGGAAACAUAUAAUCAAUUCCUGUUGACUGACGCAGGCACAACUCGCCUCGUGCUUGUUGUGCCAUCUCUAAUGCCCCACCCACUACUGUCGUCUCUUUUAUCAACCUUGUUUAGUCGCUGGCGAUUCCCAAGCGUGACCCUUCUAUCCAGUGCGACCAUGUCAGCCACGGCCGCAGGAUUGCGGUCGGCCUUAGUGGUUGACGUGGGCUGGGCCGAGACGACGGCGACAGCAAUUUACGAAUACCGAGAGAUCGCAACGAGGAGGACCACUCGAUCAAUGAAGCACCUGAUGCAGGAAACCGGGCGACUUCUCACUGGACUGGGUUCCAACAACCAAGACAAUACGGAGACCAAUGAUGGGAUCUCUGUUGGAUUUGGUUAUUGUGAGGAAAUAUCCAGUCGAUUUGCAUGGUGCAAGUCCAGAAGUGACGAAGAUACCUCUUCUUCUACAUUUAGCCAGACCUUGUCAAUCCCUUCACCUGCAAACCCGGAGCAAGAAUACAUGGAUGUGCCGUUUGCGCGAUUCGCUGAACCCACUGAAAAGGUGCUCUUUGCGUCAGAUAUCCCAGAACAUGAGAUGGAUGACGAAGAGAAAUCACUGCCACUACUUGUUUAUAAUAUCCUACUCUCACUUCCACCCGAUGCACGAGGAACUUGCAUGGCACGCAUUACAUUUGUGGGUGGGGGUUCCCGGAUCCCUGGUCUGCGGCAGCGCGUUCUUCACGAAGUCUCCAGCAUUAUUGAUCGUCAUGGGUGGAGUCCCAUCCGAGGAAAGGCACUUGAACGACAGCGGGAGAGGCUCGAGCAGCUGAAAUUAUCAUCCCAGAGACCUUCUGCCCAGACCGAAGCGCCGAAAAACAACGAAGAAGGCUCAUCUCCUGAUGAAGGACCUUCUGAUCCCUCGAAGGAAGUCCCGGAAAUCGAUUUUGUGGAACAAAAGCUACGCCGACAAAACAAAGACAUUCCAGUUCCUCUUCAAGGCGUGUUGCGUGAAGUUGAAUCACUCGGUCCUUGGGCCGGUGCAAGCUUGACGACUAGCUUGAAGAUCCGUGGUAUGGUGGAAAUCGAAAGAGAGAAAUUCCUUCAGCAUGGGUUGGCUGGAGCCACUCGAGACAUCGAGCACCCUGUUCCUGAUCGUCGAUCGGGCCUGCGAUCUGGUGGUGAUCGGUCGAGCUGGACAUUGGCAGGAUGGGCAUGA